UCUUGGACCGGCAUGCUCCCUCUUGAUCUCACCAGACGAGCUCACUGCUACAAGAAUUUUCAAUGAUGGACGCCCUCUCUCUGUCCCCCUUGGGCGAGUUCAUGUCAUGAGGUGGUCCCGUUUCCUCCUUUCUUCGGCGGCGACUUUUUCCAUCGCGGUGUCUCCCGGGCGACACCAUGCGGGCUGGACGAGGAGCCAUUGGCGGCCGCAUUUACUCCCGUCGCCCCGGUUCCUGCACCGCGGGCCCACCGCGACACCUCGACUCCCUCGACGACCACCCCCCAGAUUGGUGACCCCAUCCUGUUCACGCCGCCCCGAUCCUCCGCGACCUUGUCCGGGGGCAGCCUGGGCCCCGCGACCACCCUGCUCGUCGAUGCGCCGGCUGUUUCUGCUACGGGCGGCGAUGUUCCCGCCUCUCUGGUUGCUGUGGGCCUGCCUCCGGUGGCCGCGGCCACCGUCGAGUGCGUGCUGCCUGCCGCUGCGCCCUUCAUUCCUGCGCCUGCACCUCCGUCGGCUGCGACACCCAGAGACGCGACUGCUGUGGGCACAUCUCUGGUGAGCACGAGCACCAUUGAUGGUGUGCCCCCAGCUGGUCUGACACCCAUGAUCGAGUCUGCAGUGGACACAUCUCUGGUGAUCUUGACCCCCAUCGAUGGUGUGCCCCCAGCUGGUGAAUCCACUGACACCGCCGAGGAUGAUGCUUCUCCAACUGCUUCCCCCGCCGAAGAUGAUGCUUCUCUAUCUGCUUCCCCUGCUGCAUCGGUGGUUCCUGCGCCCGCUGCUGUCGAGUGCACAUCUCUGGUCUCCCCCACCAUUGAUGAGGUGUCUCCGGCUGGCGCGACCUCGACCGCCCUCGACGACGAUGCUGUCCCUUCUGUUCCCACUGCUAUGUUGGGGCCUCCGGAGCUGUGCCCGGUUCCCGCGACUGUCGAGUGCGCACCUCUGGUCCCUUUGUUCACCAUCGAUGGUGCACCUCCAGUCUGCGCGAACAGGCUCCUCUGCGAUGACACAUCCUCGCCCCCUGCGACCACGGCGUCUGAGGUGCUGGCUGCCGUCUCUGACGUUGCCCCGAUCCCUGUGGGCGACGUUGAGGCUACUGUUCCCUCUUCCGGUACCCCGAUGGGGGACCUGCUGGCUGCGACGACUCCCUUGCCAGCUGCGACCACGACCACACCCGUGCAUCCGCUGGUCGCUCCUGAGCUGUGCCGCAGGAUUCUCCCAGACAAUCUGAUUGUCUAUACUCGGACGCCAAGGAGACGUGAUGAAACUCCAUCUGCGACUACUGAGUUCUUGAACAAGGUUGUUAAACUUGUGGAAGCCAUUGUGCCGGCUCCGGCCAUACAAAAGAGAAGGAAAAAAACUGCAGGGCCGGAAGCUCGGGCUGACUGAUGAUGAGGGAAGGAUUUCUGAUGAAGCAUUGGAACGCUACUCCAAAUUCUACAUGCACCUCCUUGGCCGCGACCAUGUUCCUGCGUUGUCUGCCUUGUUCGGUUGGGAUGUCCCACCUGAGGGGCAGGCCCGGAUUGCGGCCAAUAUUGCGGUCAACUUCAAGAGACUAUUUCUUUCCUCAUUGUUAGGAAUAGAGAUUUUGAUGGAAAAAUACCCUCCAACAGAUUCUCUAAGUGGUUAUCCAAAUGUAGCCAUUCUCCAUUCCGCAUUUCU